AUGGCUUGGCCGCAAACUAAUCCCAAGCAAAUCAAUAUUGCCCCGUCAAAGGACGUUGUCACCAACAUAAAAUAUAGUGAUCCCUGGACGAUGGAACGUUCGUCCGAUGUGGCUGAUAUAGCAAAUGCUGGUAUCUCCAGCGCUCAUUGGGUAAAGGGCUCUGACUAUUACCAUGAGAGAGCAGAGAUAAAGGGCAUCAAAUUCUCCAAAGACGAUGAAGAAAAAUAUGCAGAGCUCAUGGCAGAAUUAAAAAAGAGUAAUGAAGACAAGGAUUUUGAUUUAUGGCUCUGUCCUAAAAACAAUCAACAGAUAUUGGUUACAAUCUCAGAGGCCAAGCCUCCUUCUGAUAUGUUAGGAAAAGGCAAAGAUUUUGAUUGGAAAUGCCUGCUAAGUUUUGUAGCAAAUACUCCUGAUGCUACUACCACGAAUGAUGUCGUGUGGAAGAUACUGCACGAAUACGCCCAAAAGCCACUGACCAGGAAAAGAUACAGUAUUGAUAUUUGGCCCAAGUUCUUGCGGCUCGGUUGCUUUCGUCAUCACGGGGCGCACAAGAAACUACAGAAGCGAGGGAGUAAAUAA